UCGCACACACACACCCACCUCUACCGAGACCCGCACAUUCACAUUUCAUAGUUCUACUGUAAAAUAGAUAGAGGGAGUCUCAGAGCUCGCCAUUCAUAGACCAUCCACGGCGAAAUCACCAUAAUUAAAAAUAAUAAUCCUAAUAAAAUAUUAAACAUGGAGUCCGCUCCAGAUCCAGCCAGCGACCCGGGCAACAGCUCCUCGGAGCCGGCUACCCCGGUAAGGGACACCCCGGUAAACCUGGAGACUCUCCGAAAAGCUGACCAUCAAGCCCCUGUUCGGAGGCAGAGCUGCUCCAGUACCAACAGAGGUAUUUCAGUUACGAAGAAGACACACACUUCUCAAAUCGAAAUUAUUCCUUGCAAGAUCUGUGGAGAUAAAUCAUCAGGGAUCCAUUAUGGUGUGAUAACAUGUGAAGGCUGCAAGGGCUUCUUCAGGCGAAGUCAGCAGAGCAACGCCACGUACUCCUGUCCUCGUCAGAAAAACUGUCUGAUCGACCGGACCAGUCGCAAUCGCUGCCAGCACUGCCGGCUGCAGAAGUGCCUGGCUGUGGGCAUGUCACGGGAUGCGGUUAAGUUUGGCAGAAUGUCUAAGAAGCAGAGGGACAGCCUGUACGCCGAGGUGCAGAAGCACCGGAUGCAGCAGCAGCAGCGAGACCACCAGCAGCAGCCGGGUGAGGCGGAGCCUCUGACACCCACGUACGGCCUCUCCACCAACGGGCUGACGGAGCUGCACGACGACCUCAGCAGCUACAUCGACGGGCACACGCCGGACGGCGGCAAGGCCGACUCGGCCGUCAGCAGCUUCUACCUGGACAUCCAGCCCUCCCCCGACCAGUCCGGGCUGGACAUCAACGGCAUCAAGCCCGAGCCCAUCUGCGACUUCGCGCCCGGCUCGGGCUUCUUCCCGUACUGCUCCUUCACGAACGGGGAAACCUCCCCCACCGUCUCCAUGGCAGAGCUAGAACAUCUGGCACAAAAUAUCUCUAAGUCUCAUAUGGAAACGUGUCAGUACUUAAGAGAAGAACUCCAGCAGAUGACUUGGCAGGCCUACCUGCAGGAAGAAGUUGAGAACUAUCAAAACAAGCCCAGAGAGGUCAUGUGGCAGCUUUGUGCAAUCAAAAUAACAGAGGCUAUUCAGUAUGUGGUUGAGUUUGCCAAACGCAUCGAUGGCUUCAUGGAGCUGUGCCAGAAUGAUCAGAUAGUGCUUCUUAAAGCAGGUUCUUUGGAAGUUGUGUUUGUCAGAAUGUGCCGUGCCUUUGACUCACAAAACAACACAGUCUAUUUUGAUGGAAAGUACGCUGGCCCGGAGGUCUUUAAAUCAUUAGGCUGUGAUGACUUGAUCAGCUCCGUCUUUGAGUUUGGAAAGAAUUUGUGUUCUAUGCACCUGUCUGAGGAUGAGAUUGCAUUGUUCUCCGCGUUUGUGUUGAUGUCUGCAGAUCGGUCAUGGCUUCAAGAAAAGGUGAAAGUGGAAAAGCUCCAACAGAAAAUCCAGCUGGCUCUUCAGCAUGUUCUGCAAAAGAACCACAGAGAAGAUGGGAUAUUAACAAAGUUGAUAUGCAAAGUAUCUACACUGCGAGCAUUGUGUAGCAGGCAUACAGAGAAGCUGACAGCUUUCAAAGCAAUAUACCCGGACAUUGUGCGUGCCCAUUUCCCACCCUUAUAUAAGGAGCUCUUUGGUUCGGACUUCGAGCAGUCGAUGCCUGUCGAUGGGUAACGGCCACCCAUUUGUGUGAAAGCUGUCCGCAAUGUUGGAGGAACCAGAGCUGAAUGAAUCUGAGACACUUUACGGUGCCCUGCGCAAAUCAGGAGAGCCGACACGCUGCACAAUUUGUGGGAUUUCGUUCUUCUGUUUUUUAUUUCUCUCUGUGGAUGGGGCAGGGAACUGAAGUGCAGGGGAAAUCGGAGAGGAGAUAAAAACAAAAGCUUACCGAACCUUACUCAACACUGAACUUGUCCUUAUGCAUAUCGUUUCCAUGUAGUCCUUUUUCGCCUCCUCGUCUUAACUGCGGAAAUUGUGAACAUUGAACUGAUGUGGAUUUGGCUUACCUUGUUUUGAUCCCAGAAAAAGCAACAACAAAUAUCUCGACUAUUCUAAAGGAUAGGCACUGGUUUAACCUUUCCAAUUCACGGAAAUGAUUUCAAUCAUAGUAGCAGGCAGACGUGAAAUGCUCUGAAGCUGUUGUCUACACAGCUUUACAUUAAUGUGGCAGCACUUAAAGUCAUGUUCAAUUGCCUCCAUUCUUUUAAGUCUCUCCCUAGAGUUUCAAGUUUUUCUUUUGGCCAAGGAAUUUCAAAUAAUUACACUAUGGUCACUUGCUGUUCCUUUUCUUUCUUAAUGGAGGACUGUAUUUCAAGAUUCAAGCCAAACGUUCUAAAUGACAGAUUCACUUCUAUCACUAAAACAGGGUUUAUUUGGCCAAAUCGGGUAUUUGUUCUUAUUUUAUAGGGAAUUGUGUUGUUUAAAUUGUGUAUUAUCCCAGGAUCUAUACAUUUUCUGGACUUCAAAUAUUUUUUUUCUGCAUAGGAUUCUUUGGCUCUUUUAUGAUAUGUCAAAUAAAGACGUAAUCAAGAUAUGGAAACUAUAUGCAUUUCUUGGUCAGGUUCAAAACCGUUGGUUUUUUUUUCUGUAUAUGCAGUGCUCAGAUGCAAACUCAAAAAGACUCGGAGAGCUGAAAGAGCACUGUGGUGUGGAGUCUGCCUGUUGGCGAACACGAUAUAAACUGCACCUUUCGAUGGACAAUCGUCUAAAUGAAAUGUAGAAUUCUGGUAAUUCUAGUUUAAACAUAAUGAAUUUAGCUGUCAAAGACUCCAUCCUCCAUGGUUGCAUAGUGAAAUCAUGUAAGGCCAUCUGCUAUUAAUCCUUCACUGGGGAGGUGUCCUGGUAAAACUGAGGGUACCAACAAAGAAAAAAAGGGUCCAUUACACCAGUUUUAUAAUGUGCUACAGGGUAUUCAGUCAUUAGAACUUACUAUACAGAAAAAGUAAUGUUUAUAGAUUCUAUUUUAAAUAACAUGUAUGAUAUUAGUAGUUAGAAUAUUCUUUAUUGUUGAAUUGAUAAGGCACUUUCAUUUGCACCUUCAUUUUAUUUAAGACUCGUGUAUUACCUAGUGAUGUGUUGCAUGUGCACAAGAAAUACAAAUUUAACCACAGAGUUGUGGAGGGUAGUCCAGAGAGAUGUUGAUGCUGCUGAUUCAUUGAGUUUUGCAGUGUCAGUGUUGAGAGGGCUGCAUACUGUUGAGGUUAUGAGAAGCAGAAACGUCAAUAUUUUUUCAUCCAUCACCUUUGUUCAUGAAAGAGGGCUGUUGACAUUUUCUUCAAACACUGCCAAAAAACAUACAUGUCCGAUUAAAUGCGCUAAGGAGAGAACAAAAGAGUGGCUUCAGUUUAUAUUUUAUAAAAACAUAAUUUAUGAAAUUAUUGGAAAUAGCUCCCCAUAUGCUAACCUUUAAGAGAAUAAGGGUCAAACUUAAUAUUCUGCAUUCCUUGGCAUCCUUUGGAUUUCAGUUAGACCCCUACCUAUGUACUCUGGUGGUAACAAAAUAACAGUAGUAUUCAUUUUAAUGUGCAUUGCCAUUUUUCUUUUCUAAAUAAGGUUUGAUUUGUAACAAAAACCUUAUUCUGGUAUUUUUAACUGUUAAGUUUGAACAUUUUUAUGUGUCCAUCUAAGGUAGUAAGUCUGAAGCAUUGAUUGUCCAACCCAUCAAUAAAGUGAACUUAUAGGUAUCCCCCUUAAGUCUGUUCAGGAAAAAUGUCUGAUACAGAAGCAUGUUGUGCAGAUAUUACACUGCUGAUAUCAUGGUACCUUUUUAAAGUCCCCAAUAAGAAAUCACUUCAGCUUUUGAGACUAAAGUUCUGCUCUGGAGACAUUCUUAUAUACUAGAUAUUUUAUCAUUGUGGCCUGACUUUUGUUGUCAGCUUGUCGGAACAGUCCCCAAAUCUUGCGUUUUUAUCACCAAUGGGCUCCAUCCGAGUUGCACUUUUGCCACAACCUCUCAGUCUGACAUGGUAACUGCAAAAUAGCUUCUGGCAACAUCUGGCCUGCCGCUUGAAGUCUGCUGGUAGUGGUCACAAAGUCAUCUUGUUUAGCCACCUUUAAUUUAAUAAACAUUGUACUGUAAAAUUACAAAUCAAUUUUGACAUUCAGUCUGCAAGUCCAGUAUGACAGAGAACACACAUAGUAAUCAAACAAGACAUUAACCAUGUAAUCAUCACUCCUGGGAUCAGCCAUUACAGAAAAAAAGCAGUAGAAACUAAAGGAGUCAAAAAGACAAUUGCAUAAUUUACCAUAAAAAGCGAAGACCAUUAACACUCUGUGUGUCAAGCUUUUUGGUGAGCUGUCAGACAAAGGGUUAACAAUUAUUUUACAUCCUGACUGUGAGAGAAAGAAGCAAGCAACUGAGCUUCCCACAAUGUGAGUGGUCUAGCACAGAAACAUGCCAGCUUGGAUUUAUUUCAGCAGAUGGAACUGUGCGUUAGUUCUGUAUUUUUUAAAAUCCAAUUGUGCCACCUAAUGGCAAAAUAAAAAGACUGCAGCCUUAAUGUGUUAUCAAAGGCAAUAGGAAACAAGUGUCAAGAUAAGAGCUAAUACUAUUACUGUUACACAUGUGAACAUUUUUAUUUGUGAACAUCAGCAGUCCUAGUUCUGGUUGAAAGCUUGGCUGUUCUUUUGUGAUCAAAGUUUGUGAUUUUUUUUUACAAUCUCACUCUCCACUCCUUGUGCGCGUGCAUGUCUGAGUUUCUGAGCGUGACUGCUUCUCAAGAGUUAGGUGUUAGCCAUUGACAAGUAUUUGUCAGUCAACAGUAAAACACUGUUUUGCUGUUGAAAGAGAAAGAGAUACAAUAUUCAAAGCCUUGUCUGGAAGAAAAAGUUUCUAUUUUUGUAACCCUUAAAACACAGGAAGAGGCAACAGAUGGCACUUAACAAUAUUCCUGCAAUAAAUAGAAGUAGUCUGUGAAAAAACAGAUUUUGUAAUGCAAGACAAUGAUAGAAAGUAAUGUUAUCUUAAUAUAUAUAUAUUUUGUUUUUUUUAGUUAGUAUUUUUGUCUUUUUCCUUGCCGGAGUCUUGUCUAAAUAUCUUGUACCUUUUUCAUUUGUUCCUGAAUGUGCCAUAGCAGAUGCUUGUGUUAAGUGUUUGCCGUCAGUGAGUUGUGUUUGUGUUGUGACAUUCCAGGAAACAAGGAGCAGAGUUAGGGGUUUUGAGUAGGAAGCUUGUAUCACAGUUGCUUUUUUUGCACAUGACCUUCAUUCCUCAGUAGUGCAAUAUGUACAUAACAAACUCGUUAUGUACUGUUAUCCCUCAGGGAAGUUCAAAAAUCAGUUAUUUUUACAGUUUUUUUUUAAGAUGUUAUGUUGUUAUUGUCUUCUCUUAUUUGUUUUUGCUAAGGAAUGUCAGUUGAAUAGUUCAGUCUGGUUUCUUCAUACAGUGGCCAGGAAACAAUUUACAUGCUGAACCAUGUUUAUGUAUUAUUAGGGUUCUUUUCUUUGGGACUGGGAUGGCUCAGCCAGAACUCAUGCAUUCAGUAGCCUUCAGAACACAUGGACAUGUUAUAAAACAGGCUUUUGCACACCCUGACAGAGACUGGAUCUAGAAAGCUAUUCUUGAAGUGUGUUAUCUACCUGUCUUUCCUAGUAUUGUCUUCAAAGCUCUAAGAACAAAACAAGAUCACUGACAGAUGACAGGGGUAUGUUGAUUCCCCAGUAUUCCUUCUGCAUCAUUUUAUUUUUCCACAUCGUGCAUUUUUUCAGGGCUCUUAGACAGUCCUUCCCAGAAAUAUUAAUCCAUGUGGUCUGAAACCUUCCCAGCAUGCCCAGAAAAAAAUGGUUGAUAAUGUUCUUUCAGCAAUAUCUAAAAAACAUGCAAAACAUCUCAAUGAAAGACCAUAUUUAAAUAAAAAUGCAAAUUCUUUCAUAACUUAAGAUAACAAAUUUGGAUUUUUCCCUACAUGGCAUUUUCAUGUGCUUUCUAUGAGUAUUGGGGACUUGCAGCUCAUGUCUGGCAGUACUGUGAGCUUGUAAUAAUAGAACAAUUUUCAUGCAAUUUGUAUGAAGAAACAUUGAAAUCUUUCAUGUAUUUGAUGCUAUGGUGAAAAGGGUGCUAAGGCAACCAAAUACUUCACAUACCCCGUUUUGUUCUAGGCUGAAAGAGGAAAAAGUGGUUUGCUGUGGACAGUAUUUCCUUUAAUUGAGAUUACACUACCAUCAGUUAGUUUAUGGACACUGCUCUCUGAAGAAUCCAAAAGAUAAAAGGCACAUGCUAAAACUGUGAAUGACAAUCCAUACAAAUAUGAACAUUUUGCCCAUUGUUUUAGCUGGGAAUUGAAUUAUGAAAUUUAUGCUCAGGGAGAAUAACUUAAAUAAGUAUUAAAGCAGAAGACAGCCAAUUUGAUUCUAGUAGGUUACAGCUGUUUCUAGCUACAAAAUUGUAACAGUGGACUUGGCAAAAUGUAUUUUGCUGCAUUGUGUUGAUGUUGAAAUGAUAAGGAUUUCUUUAAGUAAAAUAUUCAGCCAUAUUCAGAAGGAUCUUCAUUAAAUUAUUUUUUUUAAUUCUCUGUUUAAUGCGGUAUACAAUUUGUGUAAUACUGCAUGAACAUUUAGCAGGUCUGUAAGGUUUAUUGCACCAUCUAGUAAUGCAGAUUUUGUUGAGCUGAAAUCUUUCCUCUUUUUUAGUUUAGAGCUUGGUAAAGUUUAGCUAUGACUUGAGAAAGCAAUGCUUUUAUAGAAAAAACAUUGACUUAUUUUCUUUAAACUGUUUAUGAUAAGUGCAGCUUGAAUUCAGUUCCAGUUUUCUGUGCUUGAUAUGGGUGUUGAAAUGUGCUUUAAAUGGUUUGCAUGUUGACAACCUAAGAAAAAAGAAAAACAUAAUGACACAAACAGAGAACAGGAGAGACUGACUAUAAUUAACUGCCACGUUUUUAUCACUUGAUACCUCUUAAGCUUAAACACAUCCAAAUUCUACACUUGUCACAGUGUUCUGAUAUUAAGAUGCAUUAUAAUGUAAUUACAUAUAGGCAGCAUGGAGGGUGUGUCAUUUAGUGCUGUUGUCUCACAGUUUUUGGGUCUGGUCUUGUGUUCAGUUUUGGGCUGGGAUGUGGAGUUUGCUUGUUUGCCCCAGGUUCCCAAGGGUUUUCAUUGGGGAUUCUGAUUUCCCCAACCUUCUGAAAGGUUGCUAAAGUCAACUCAGGAGUGCAGACCUUUUCCAUGUUAAUCUGGCCGGUCCAAGGUAUAUUGGCAUACAGGAUUGCAAGAUGAAAGCCCUUUCCAUCUUUCUUUAAAUUAUGAAUUACGGCAAAGCCUAAUUUUACGGAUUGGUAGCAUUAUUAGGUUGUGUUACCAGUUCCACUUAAAUGUUAGGGUAUGGUGCCAGUUUACCAGUGCAUUAGUGAUUCUCCACUAUGAAAAAAAGCCACUCUCUAAAAGUACUGUAUCUAAGAAACCUACAGACCCUUUUUUUCAGAAACAAAAUGCAGCUAAACCUCAGAACCUUUUUUUGGAUAUAGUAAAACGAAAGCAGCUCUUGUUUCUAUUUACAAUGUCAAAAUACCUUUUUGUUUAUUGUUUACUUUUUUAACAUCCUAAAAACCACGAUCUCCUUUUGUCGUCUUCUUUUUUCAGCGGGUGGAUGUGUGAGGGAGAAGAGUCCACUAUACUUAGUGCCAAAUGAAUUUUCCUCUAUGCUUUUCAUACUAAUUGAUCUUCUGCAUUAGCUGUGCAUUAUUAAUACGGGUUCUAGGGAGUCGUCCAAUCUGCAGUGGAACCUCUUUUAUACAAACUGUAGUGAGAUGAACACCCUUUCUGACGAUCUCAAUUAUCUGGUGCUAAACAAUGUCUCCUUCAGUACAUGAAUGUGACGCACAUUUCUGCUGUGCGAGUCUACGAUAGUGACAGUCAGAUCCCUACUAUCCCUGCACAUGGUUUGUAUGUUAUUAAGCCAGAACUGUACCUUUCAUACAAGUUGACUGCGUGUUAAUUGUUACAGAAAGAGUUUCUUAAAAGCAAUACCAACUGGAAAAGAAGCAGAGCAUGGAUUUCUCUUCUUUUUAAAAUAAGUCACAUAAUCAUGUUCAUCUCUUAAACUGGAGGUACUUGUGUAUAGCUGUGGAUUGUUGUAUGUAGUACUUGCCCACGAGCGGCCAGAUCUGGUACUAAAAUUAAGUUCUUGACUGGGAAUUCUUCAUAUUUUUCCCAGGAUAUUGAAAUUCAGUUAAUAUUACUUGCUUCACUUCACUUAAUUUAGCUUCACUUAAUAUUUAAUAUUUAUAAUACUUAAUAUUAUUAGCUUCAAAAACAUACUGCCAGAUUUGCAGCACAAUACAGUAAUGCAACAACUUCAGUUGCGUUAAAUACAUCAUGAGUAUUAUACAGCAAUACAGAGCAUACACUGAAAUACAUGGUCAACACUGUCACUGAACCAGAUUUGGGAUUUUGGGGACAUUUUACAUGGCUUAGGUUCACAACAAAUGUUAAAAUACAUUAUUUAACAGUUUGUUAUUAGUUCUAGCUUUAAAGAUCAUUCUUUUACAAGCAUAGUAGCUAUUUAUUUAUUAACAGCUGCUAGGACACUUGUAAUGCCAAAUUUGACAAUGAAAAGAACUUAAUGGAACUUGUAAUUUAGCACCAGAUGUGGUUAGCACUGUAACAUUUCUGAAUGGCGUUGUCUUUUGUUUUUGACUGGGGGAACAACGUAACUUGGCUGCUCCCUGUGUUUGUGCUUGCUGUUUGCCAGGUGACCUGUGACGGAAUGGUGCGUGUCUUUUCUAUGAGCUGGCCACUGGUUUCCCAGCUAUUAGCGUGCUUGUUUUGUGUGUGUAUUUAAAGACAUAGGACGAACCCCAGACAAGGCUUUAAGGAGUUUAGAAGUGCAGGGUCCGGUGGUGAGUUUGUAAAGUCUCUACCUGUUUUAGUACCUUUUUUUUUUUAUUUGUAUCAGUCCAUCUCAUGGCACCUUUUAACAAUACUCUCAUUUCCAAAGUUCAACAGGCAUAGUUAUGAAAAAUAAAAUAGAAAAAAAUACAGUAAAAAAACUUCUAGCCAUAACCGAAUGUCAAGCAAUAAUAUAAACGUUGAAUAUCUUUUGUGCAUAGGUUUUAGGCAUCUGCAUGUAAAUACAACCUUUUAUUUAUCACAUUUUUUCUUUUUGUUUUUAAUAUGUGUAAGCGACUAGUUCUGUUCCUUCGCUGAGAACUAAGAACUUCAGAUGGCCUGUAUACAUCUUUAUUUCUCUCUCUCUUUCUGCUUUUGAGUCACAAUAUUUAAUGUUAUUAUUGAUCACAUGUAUAGAGUUAACUUUAUAACUUCUGUCUGUAUAGGUAAGAAGUAAAUACUGCUAUAAACGUCUACUCAGUGCAAAUAUUUAUCUGUUGAUUAAAUACAAACAUGCUGUACAAUAUCUCUGUUUUAGUAUACUACUCUCUUUUAGACUUAGUUUGAUAGAGGUAGGGUGUGCUGAAAUUUAUUUUGUGUUAUUCUGAUGUGUGGUGCUAGGUAAGUUACUUUUGUGAACAAAACCUUGAUUCCUAGACUAGGCCACCCUAUUUGUCCUAUUAAUUUCACUGAGUAUUGAUGCAUUAUUAAUAUUAGUACUAUUAAUAAUAAAAAAUAAAUAAUGAUAAUAUUAUGAUGAUACCCAGCGAGUACCUGUAUCAGAGUGCUAGUCUUGGGAUAAGGCUUUUUUUUUCUCACUUUAAGAUUAUUAGCAAAGCAGGAUCGGUUUAACAAAAGCCAGAUUUGCAAUAUGUGUGUUUUGUGUGUUUCAGAUUUCAAAAAUGCCUUGAUUUGACUUUGACCGUAAAGCAGUAUUGUGUUUCUAUCAUCAGUGCAGUCCCUACUGUGAGACCCACUGGCAGAAGCUGAGGCACAUAAUCAUUGGGAGGGCUGGUGAACCUGCUUUAGUUAACACAAAAUGAGGCCAUAUUUGUAUUUGCGUGUCUGAAAACUGGACAUAAUUUGAGUCCUUUACCUCACAUGGGGGAAACUAGAAUUUAACAUAAACAAAUUGCCGUUUUUUGGGCCUCAUCACCCAAACCGAACACCUUUAAAAAAUGAGCUUUUUAUCAGAAAAGUCCAGCUUCAGCGGCACUUGGUUUCACACACAGGUUCUGUUUUAAAAAGGUUGCCUGCACACAGUCUAAAAGCUUUCUAAAGCAGACACCUCUCAGUCUAAUAAGUGUUAUUAUACGAGACUUUUCAAGACAAAUUGUUUUCAGUGCUAUAGAAACUUUUCUACAAUUUUGACAUUCUUUUUGUAGCCAUUAUCAGCCAGAAUAUGCUUGCAAUAAUAAAUAACCAUCUGUUCUCAGUGUUGCAGGAUGCACAAAUUAUAUUUAAUUGUUGUUAUUUUUUCUUAUUGGUUUCAUUAUCUUGAAUGACAGUGUGUUUGCACAACUUAAGAAAUUCUGUUCUGGAUUUUGAAAUAUUUUCGUAUUUUGUCUUUACUAUUGGCAAAAGAAAAUGUUUGCCACAUUUGUAUAACCGUCAAAUACAUUGACAAAACAGAAAAUUAUCUUUUAAUACAAUGUACUGUAUUAUGUGUCAAUAAUGAAACACAAUUUUUUCUGUACUAUUCUAAUGAAGACAAAAAUGAAUUCAAAACCGUCAGAUUUCCUUGGGGUAAAUUCUGGUUGACAUUAGCUAGUAAACAGAAGACUGUCAGCUUAAUUCACACAGCUGUGUGGAUGUCUUAAGGAAAGGACAAUCCUUGAUGGGGUUUUUUUUAGCUUAUACUCAAAAAGUAUCUACUAUGGUCUGGAUGAAGUGGAAACAUUUGAUCAAAUAGAGAAAACUAACUAAAGCAUCAUUUCUAGAAUCCAAAUGUGUUUGUAUAAAAGUUUUAGGUAAAAAUAUGCAUAUAAUAUAUUUGGACUUAUAGCUCCAUUUGCUCUUAAAUGUUAGACCAACUGAUGUUUUUUUUUCCUUACUGAAGCAGAAGAUGUCUUGAAAAGUAACAGCCAGGACUGCUGUUGUCACAGAUAGGUUUAACAGAUGUUUGCUACUGAUCUUAAAAUGGGGACAGAGGAUCAUAUAACUUUUUAUCCAGCUCUUUUAAAUUCUCUUUAGGAGUAGUCUCUUCACUAUAGUAGUUUUGCUCCUCCUUGUCUGAUUCCUAAAUAUAAAAAUAAGUAUUUUGAUUCAUUUUGUAAAUACAGCUGUAAAGAAAAUAAGAAAUUUAAUGUUGUCUUUUAAAUACUUUUCAUUCUAAUAUGAAUGUUGUUAUAUUGUACUUAGAAACUGUACCUUUAAUAUUACCUUUAUUAAAAGUGCAUUGGACACAUCGAUUUUAGAUGUGCUUUAUGUGCUGUUAUCCCAUAAUAAAGAUUACAGCUUGUAAUGGGACUCUCAUUGUCUACCUCCUUAUUGUAUGUCUGAGCUGGUUUAACUGCCUAUGAUUAGCCUGCCAUUAAAAAGUAAUGAAGUGUGCUAUU